UCCUGGUCGGCCAGCCCGCCGCCGGUGCUCUGUUGGCCCGCGGCUCGCUGGCUGCCGCGGCCGCUGGGGACAGCAGCGAGGCUGCUGGCGCGGACGGCGCCGCUGCGGCGGCGCUGCCAGACGUGGAAAAUGUGCUGGGGGGUCCGUUGGAGCAGUGCUCGGCGGAGCCGCUGACAG